AUGAAAGCCUUACUAAUUGAAGAAGUUAAUAAACCGUACACGCUUCGCACGGAUGUCGCGGUGCCAAAGGUUAAACCAGGAAUGAUCCUUGUCUGCUCAAAGGCGGCGGGAUUUUGUCAUACAGAUGUCAUGGCCUUGGCGGGACACACCAAUCCUCCGCUACCGACUGUUCCCGGCCACGAAAACGUUGGCGUCGUCGCGGCACUCGGCGAAGGCGUCACUGGAUUCAAUAUUGGCGAUAGAGUGGGAGCAUAUCUAUACCAUGAAUGUCGUGAAUGCAAGAACAAGACGUACAACUAUUGUGACAAGGUCACUCUUGCUGGCCUCAAUGGUGAUGGUGGCAUGGCCGAAUACUUUCUUGCGGAUGCGCUAUGGACAGUCCACCUCCCCGACGCGCUUGCCUUUGAGAAAGCGGCCCCUCUCAUGUGCGCUGGAGGAACCGUCUAUCAAAGUAUCCUCAACGCAAAGCUCGAUAAAGGAAAGAUUAUGGCAAUAGUCGGCAUAGGUGGACUAGGUCACCUCGGAGUACAAUUUGCCAAAGUCAUGGGAUACCGCGUCGUCGCGGUAGACACGCGGUCCGCACCCCUUGACCUCGUCUCUCAUCUUCCACCUCGUCUUGCGCCCGACCUCGUAAUCAACCCAACAGACGGAGUCGACAAAACACUUGAAAGAAUUGCAGCUACAUUCGACGGCGCAACUGGUGUCGAUUGCACCGUCGUCUGCACCGACGCCCUUCCAGCCUUUCAAUUCUCCAUGGAUAUCAUGGCCAAACAUAGCGUCCUCGUCUUUGUCGGCUUACCACUCGAGCCCGUUCCAUUCCAUUUUUCCUUCUUUUUGAACAAGGAUGCUAUAGUCGUGGCUGGCGCUCUUGGGCCAAAGGAGAGCUUGCAAGAGAUGCUCGAGUUGGCGGUCAAAGAGGACAUUCACGUGGAAAUUAAAGAGUACACGAUGGAAAACGCUAACCAGAUGCUCAAGGAUUAUGAAAACGAGGGUAUGAAAGGUAAGUUUGUAGUUCGAAUAGAGUAA